AUGGACGCGAAGCCUGCAGGGUCGUCCGACAGCGACACGCCUAGGAAUCAGAGCCCGAACAGUGAUGGCGCCACUGAAACACAACCGUCACUCGGCGGAAAAGAGCCAAGACCAUAUCGCCAGGAACCAUGGCAUGAGUGCUUCACUACCGUUAACAAGAAAGAGUUCGAUGCGCUCAUUUAUUCUUUGUACGUGAUGGCCAGAGAUGAUAAAAAGCUCGACGGAUACGAAUACUACGAGUGCAUAAAUCGUCUACAAAGCAAGUGUCGCUAUCGGGUCAGAGCUAGAAGAAUGAAUGAGUUUAUAAUAGUGGAAGAGCGAGGAGCUCACAAUCAUGCAAUGGAACCAAUCGUUCUUUCUUAUGAGGACUGGAACAAUGCAGUUCGGCAGGAGAAACUUGAAGAGGAGGUCCGCCGCUUGGGUUUGCCACAUAAUCCACGUCUCGGCAGACAAGUUGACAAUCGGAUUGCAUAUCUGCGUAGAGUGAAGAAUCUCAACGAAAUGAAGAAAAUCCAAGAUCAGGUGACGCCGAUGCCUAAUGGAGAUCUUGCAAGUGAAGGUGAAUCAAAAGCCAAUGGCGUGUCCGACGGCACACCCCAAGCUGCAAUGCCUGCCCUGGAAAAUCCCGCUGAUCUGCUCCAAAUGUUGAUGCAGAAUGGCCGAUUCCCGGAGCUGAACGGUGACACGCAAAGUCAGUUGAUGGCGUUGAUGAUGGGUGGAGCAGUACCUCCUAUGAGGGUGGAAGACAACAACGGCGGGCAGGACAUGCUGCCCAACCCGUCAGUUAUUCUUCCGUCCCUCCUGGCCAACCCGUUCCUUCACGCCGCAUCUUCGUCAUCGAAUUGCUCCAUGCCGAUCGGUAAUUUGAGCGACAGCACACCCACUAACGACCCGAGUGCCGAAUCAGGUGAUAUGGAGGAGGACGACGAUUACAGUACGGAAGACGGCCAUCUGCAAAUUGACGCAGAUCACUAG